AUGAAUCCAGCAACACAGUUGGGGUGUAAAUUUCUAUCAAUGCUUCAGUCUAUGAUGUUUCUUUUAUGGAGUUUUCUCGUCAUUUGUUUAUGUUAUGUGGCGUGGUUGAAGCAUGAGAGCUAUAAAACUAAUAAGCUGUUUAGAGAGCAAGGAAUCAAAGGUCCUCCACCUUCUCUGCUGCUGGGAAACAUACCAGAAAUGGAGAGAAUGGUUUCUCAAAAUUCUGAAACUCCACAGAUAGAUGGUCCCUUAAUUGUCUUACCCUAUCUCAAGCAUUGGACCAAAAACUAUGGUAAGUUAUUCAAGUUUGCAGUUGGUGGAAUACAAUUGUUGUACGUGAAUAAUCUGAGCAUAGUGAGAGAAAUAAAUCUGUUCACAUCAUGUGAACUUGGAAAACCAGCUUAUCUACAAAAUGACAGGGGAGUUCUCUUAGGCAAGGGCCUUAAUACUGCAAACGGUGAUGUUUGGUAUCAUCAAAGAAAGACCAUUGCCCCUCAACUCUACAUGCACAAGGUUAAGAAUAUGGUGAAUCUGAUGGUGGAAUCUGGUAGUAUGCUAGUUAAAGCAUGGGAGAAGAUAAUAGACAGAGAAAGUGAGGGUGGAAUCAUUGAUAUAGUGGUGGAUGAGCAUGUGAGAAUCUUCACUACUUAUAUUGCCUCAAAAAUAAUAUUUGGAAGUGAUCAUCACAAAGGAAUUAAAGUAUUUCCCGAGUGUCAUGAACUCCUCAAGGCUAUGGGUGAAACCACAACUCUUGGGAUUCCUUUACUAAGGUAUGUAUAACUUUCACCUUUUUCUAUACAAUUAGUCUAAUUGGAAUUUGAAUUCAAGACAUCAUAAUUUUAAAAACAAUUCGA